UUAUUUUAAUUUCUCCUCCCAUGAAAGUGUUCAAUGAAUUUUCGUGAUAAACAUAACUGCGGCCGCAUGUUGAGUAACGCUUGCGCACCCUGCAGCCGUCUGCAACCCUCGGGAUGCUCCUUUAUUUCUGAUUCACGUUCUGUUCGAGUCGCAGUAAAAAGCCAUCGUCUUGUCGCAUCGCGAACUUUACUCAGAAACCAUCAAAAACGCAUGAGUGACAGUGGGCAGUGAUGUGAACAAAAAUGUGCAAAAUGACUCUUUAUCAAUGUCUCUUCGUCCUCGUGAUCCUUCUCAAAGACGUCUUCGCCCUCAAAGACGUCGUUUUGACUAUCAGGCCCGAAGUUGUCGAGAGGGGGAGUUUCGCCACCCUUAUAUGUUCCUACGACCUCGAAGGAGCCACGCUCUACUAUGUCAAGUGGUACAGGGGCAUGCACGAGUUCUACAGGUACACCCCCAGCGAGCGGCCCACCACCAAGAUUUUCCCCAUAGACACAAUCAACGUUGAUGUGUAUCGUUCCAACGCUACUCAAGCCGUGCUUACAGACAUAGACUUCAAGCUUUCAGGAAACUUCAGCUGCGAAGUCACCACAGACGAAGAACCGGCCUCCACUGAAACGGCCGUUCAGUCCAUGCUAGUCGUACAACUUCCCGAGUUUUUCCCCACAAUAAGCGUGGGUCGAGACCCUCUGGACUACGGCGACGUCCUCCGUGCAAACUGCACCUCUCCACCGGCACGUCCCGCCGCCAAACUAAAGUUUUUCCUCAACGACCUGCUGGUGGCCUCCACGCCGCCGCUCUCGCCCCGCCGCUCCCAGGAGGUGCUCUGGAGCGACCUCAACCUCGAGCUGCCCCUCCACGAGUACCACUUCAUGCAGGGCAAGCUCGUCCUGCGGUGUGUGGCCCAAGUGGCUGGAAUUUACCACGAAGAAGCCGUCCUGGUUCUGCCCAGUCUGCGGGACCCCGUUCCUGCAAAAGUGAGCGCGGACGACUCGGCCCGUCUUGCGCCCGGUGAAUUGAUCCUCCAGGUCCUUUUUGUUUUGAUUGCUGGUGUCCUGUACUAGAAAUUUAUUUCGGGCUGGAAGUGCCUUGUUAUUUUGGAAAUUGAUUUAUUUGCUAGUUGACAUCGGCGGUUGAAUAGAUUUUAUGUACUUUUAUACGUUAGAGUAGCGAAAAGGAAAUUUUCACGAAAUAAUCCGGAUUUGUUUGACAAUCACACGUUUUGUGAAAAUUUUUGCUCACUAUCACUGUUCUUUUGUUGGCAAUUAAAGAAUUGUUAUCUGUGAUAAUACUAAUAAAGUCGUUAUGUUUA